AUGGAUACUUUUGAAGGUGUAUCCGAAAGUGCUGAAGGUGGAGUUGGAGUUGGAGAAGUUAGAAACAAUGUGGUUGAUUCAGAUCCAUCAAACAACAACAAUGCAGUGGUAACUCAGAUUGGCCAGUUAUUAUUAUCUAAAUCUGAUGGGGCUAUCUUAACAAGGUCUUCCAAGUUCGAUCCUAUGAAGUUUCGUGAAUUAUUAGUGAUGGCAAUUAUCAUGCAUGACCUACCCUUUCAGUUUGUUGAGUAUGCUGGAAUUAGGCAACUGUUUAAUUAUGUUUGUGCUGAUAUUAAAUUGGUAUCUCGUAAUACUGCAAAGGCUGAUGUGUUGAGUCUUUAUAAUAGAGAAAAAGCUAAGCUUAAGGAAAUUUUGGGUUCAGUUCCUGGAAGAGUUUGUUUGACAUCUGAUUUAUGGACGUCUAUAACCACAGAUGGUUAUCUUUGUCUCACUGUCCAUUUUAUUGAUGUUAAUUGGAAAUUGCAGAAAAGAAUAUUGAAUUUUAGUUUUAUGCCUCCUCCUCAUACUGGUGUUGCAUUGUGUGAGAAAAUCUAUAGGUUGUUGACUGAUUGGGGGGUGGAAAAGAAACUUUUUUCAAUGACUUUAGACAAUGCAUCUUCAAAUGAUACUUUUGUUGAGUUGUUGAAGGGGCAACUUAAUUUAAAGGAUGCAUUAUUAAUGAAUGGAAAGUUUUUUCAUAUUCGAUGUUGUGCUCACAUUCUUAACUUAAUAGUGCAAGAUGGGUUGAAACACAUUGAUGAUUCUGUGGGGAAAAUUAGGGAAAGCAUUAAGUAUGUUAGAGGUUCACAAGGGAGGAAACAGAAAUUCCUAAAUUGUGCUGCACAAGUUUCUUUAGAAUGUAAAAGGGGAUUGCGUCAAGAUGUACCUACUAGAUGGAACUCCACGUUUCUUAUGAUUGACAGUGCACUUUAUUAUCAACGUGCGUUUCUGCAUUUACAAUUGAGUGAUUCUAAUUACAAACAUUCUCUUUCUCAAGAUGAGUGGGUAAAAUUGGAAAAACUUAGCAAGUUUCUUAAGGUGUUUUAUGAUGUGACUUGUUUGUUUUCUGGAACUAAAUACCCAACAGCAAAUCUGUAUUUUCCUCAAGUUUUUGUGGUGGAAGAUACUUUGAGAAAGGCAAAGGUUGAUUCAGAUAGUUUCAUGAAAUCUAUGGCAACUCAAAUGAUGGAAAAGUUCGAUAAGUAUUGGAAAGAGUAUAGUUUGAUCCUUGCAAUUGCUGUAAUAUUGGAUCCUAGAUACAAAAUUCAAUUUGUAGAAUUUUGUUAUAAAAGGUUGUAUGGUUACAACUCCGAAGAAAUGACUAAAGUUCGUGAUAUGUUGUUUUCUCUCUUUGAUUUAUAUUUUUGGAUAUAUUCUUCUUAUGAAUCUGUUUCUGGUACUUCAAGUGCCUCAAAUGGUGCUCGUCCUCAUGUUGAUGACAUGGUUUCUAAAGAAUGCUUGGAUGUUAUGAAGGAAUUUGAUAACUUUGAAAGUGAAGAGUUUACCACUUCUGCCCAAAAGACUCAGUUACAAUUGUAUUUGGAUGAGCCCAAAAUUGAUAGGAAGACAAAGUUGAAUGUUCUUGAUUUCUGGAAAGUGAACCAAUUUCGAUAUCCUGAACUAUCAAUUUUGGCACGUGAUUUAUUGUCUAUUCCAAUAUCCACAGUUGCAUCUGAGUCAGCAUUUAGUGUUGGUGGUAGAGUGCUUGAUCAGUAUCGUAGUGCUCUUAAGCCUGAAAAUGUUGAGGCACUAGUUUGUACGCGUGAUUGGAUAUUUGGCGAAGAAAAUUGUACUUUAGCACCCAACCUAGAAGAAUUGACUGAGGAUAUUAGCAAGAUGGAAAUAAAUGCUACAAAUUCUGCAGGGGGCUCUAAUACAGUCACUGUCGGUGGACAGAGUUGA